CAGGAUACCUUUUUCCAACGAUAGACCUUGGGGAAUUAAAUGCAUCGACCUGUAUUCUGCUUGUUUUAUAUAUUGACCACAGGUCUGCAUGGACCCGAUUUAAGGUUCCUUCAUAGGAACUACAUCUAAAAUGAAGUUAUGGGACUUUCUGGCCACGUGUUUCUUGCUGCUGAGCACCGCCUCCACGAACCCGCUGUUCCGAAACCUGCAGUCCGCACAAACGUCGAGCUUCUUGGAGCAGCUCGGUGAUGUUCCGUCGCUACCACUGGAUAAAGCCGAGUCUGUACCGGAAUCAAAAUCCGAAGCUGAAUCUGUCACUCUGCAAGAAUCCUCAACUGAAGACCACUACGAAAUGGACGGCCCCUACCCGGAGGAAUAUGAAGACGUGAUGGAGUUCAUCCAGGCUACGAUCCGAAGACUGCGUCGAUCCCCUGAGCGGGGCGGCGGUGGCCGGGGCAGGAGAGGGCGGGAGAGACAGAGGUCCCAGGCCAACCGGGGCGGCCGGGAGGACAAGAAGGGGCGGGGGCGUGGAGGAAGGGGCAACCGCGGGCGCAACCGCGGAUGCGUGCUCAAGCAGGUGCACCUCAACGUGACGGACCUGGGUUUGGGGUACCGGACCAAAGAGGAGCUGAUCUUCAGGUACUGCAGCGGCCCCUGUGUAAACUCUGAGACCAAUUAUGACAAGAUCCUCAACAACCUCACCCACAACAAGAAGCUGGAGCCAGACUCACCGGCGAAAGCCUGCUGCCGCCCCACCGCCUUCGACGACGACCUCUCUUUCCUGGAUGACAGUUUGGAGUACCACACUCUGAAGAGGCACUCGGCCAAGCGCUGUGGCUGUGUCUGA